AUGUGUGGCCAGCACGAGCUUGGGGACCAAAACCCCUCCACUUCCGUCACAUCUGCCUCGUCUUCGUCGGAUCCUUUCCCUUGGGACCGCGGCAUCUACGAUGCUCAUUGCCACCCCACAGACACAAUGUCGUCGAUCGAGACGAUACCUAAUAUGCGUGCCGCUACUCUGACUGUCAUGGCCACUCGAAGCCAGGACCAGGCACUCGUCGCUGAGGUAGCCGCAUCCCACGGCGUGCGCUCCAAGUACGAAAUGUCUCAAGGCCACCUGGUGCCCUGCUUUGGCUGGCAUCCUUGGUUUUCCUACCAGCUGUUCGACGACACCGUGCCCGAGGCUGAGUGGACGUACCGCGAGGGCCAGCCCGACGCAAAGAAGCGCCACUACCAGGCCGUCCUAGCCCCCGCCCCUGAGGACCCCAGCUUCAUUGACGCCUUGCCCACCCCGCGUCCUUUGUCAGCCUUUUUAGCGGACACACGGGGUCGUCUCCAAGAUCACCCCCUUGCCCUAGUUGGUGAGGUAGGUCUCGAUAAGGCCUUUCGUCUGCCUGAAGGAUGGACCAACGACGACGAUUCCUCUCGUGACCAGACCCUGACCCCGGGUGGCCGCGAGGGGCGUCGCUUGGCUCCCCAGCAUGUCAAGAUGCCCCACCAGAUAGCCGUGCUGAAAGCUCAGCUGGCUCUCGCAGGCGAGCUAGGCCGCUCUGUGAGUGUUCAUGGCGUCCAGGCUCAUGGUGUGCUCCAUGAUACCCUGGCAUCCUUAUGGAAGGGUCACGAGAAGCAGGUCAUUACCAGGCGCCAGAAAAAGCUGGUUGCUGAAGGAGCCGAGGACCCUGAAUCCGGGGACGAGCUCGAGGAAGAUGACUUUGGCAGAAAAGCGGUGCCGCCAAAGCCGUACCCCCCGCGCAUCUGCCUCCAUUCCUACUCUGGACCUGCUGAGAUGUUGAAACAGUACACUAACCCAUCUAUCCCCGCACGGAUAUUCUUCUCGUUCUCUUCCGCUAUCAAUCUAGGAACCAAGGCCGGCGCCGACAAGAUUGUGGAAGUCAUCCAGGCUUGUCCGGAUGACAGCAUCUUGAUUGAGAGCGACCUGCACAUUGCGGGAGACGAGAUGGAUGCCAGGCUAGAAGAGAUGUAUAGAAAGGUGUGCGAGAUCAAGGGGUGGAAGCUCGAGGAGGGGGUAGCGCGCAUAGGCAAAAAUUAUCGCCAAUUCAUAUUUGGCUAA